AUGAACUCCACGUCCAACAGUUUUACCAGAGACAUUUACGGGUACCAACCUUUUGCCAUGGCCAAUGGUAAGCCUUCAUUUUCAUAAACCUUUCCUUAAAAUUCCCUACAAAAAAUUGUUGGGUUACACUACUUCCUUAUCUUGUAGAGGAAUCGACCUCGCAGUAUCCGACAAUCUUCGACGAUGACGAUGACCUCGAACAAAUGGUGAACCGCUUCAUGGCUAACAGCAAAUCUGCGCAUGCCGAUCUCGCGCAAAUGGUAAGAUAACUGAACCCGAGUGGUUUUGGAGUUUAGAAGGCAUAAUCUACACUAAAAUUAAAAACAUGCUAAAAAAUGUAAUACAAAAAAAUUCUGCACGGUGCAAAAAAUUAGAGCAAUUGCACAGUGCACGCCCGAUUUUAGCCUAUUUUUGGCGUCGCACCGUGCAAAAAUCUGCUUUUUUUGCACAGUGCUAAAAAUAAAUACCAAGAUUGUUCCGGUUGUUGUUUCAAAUUCGCUAUUUUUUGGUGCUCAGGACUACUGUAAAUAUCGCUGUAGCUAACAAAGAUCUCAAGGGAGUAAAGACUGAAGUUUGACGUUCAUGGAGUUUUAUAGUAGAUACUAAUUGUUAUUCUGCAGGUAGAAAAGCUUGCUAAUAGGGUGAGAAAUACGUUUUAUUCCAAAAACUACUUAUUAGUAACGCUUGUCACGAUGUGUGAUAAACGCUACCAACACUGGGAGUACUUUUUUGUGGAUGGCGUUUUUACGAAAGGAAUAGCUGUAAGUAAACAUAAAUACAUGAUAAAACCUACCUUUAAAAACCUCUUUACCGGAAUUGAUAAAGAUUUUUGGCAAGACAAGUUAUGAAGUGUAAUUGUCUUCAAGUUUUCCACACACAAUAGGCCUAUUUCCAUGUUAAUUUUUAAAAAUUCUGAAUGUUGUUUAGCCAUAAUUUUCAUUCAUUUCUAAGCAGAAUAAAAAUUAAUAUGCCCUUUCAUUGGCGUGACAGUCAACAAAAAACCAGGAAGGGAUUUCCCAAUGUCCCAUUUUCAUCACAAAUCGCCUUAUUUGCAAUUCAUCCUUCCAUUAAUUAUGGUUAUUGCAGGCGACCAAGAUAAGUAAGCCAAAGAAGUUUCGCGACGAUCCCAACGAAGAGGAUGAGACCUCUCAAGAGGACGAGGCCGAGGACGACGUCGACAGCGACGAGGAAUUCUAUGUGCACAAGAGUCUGCUGCCAAUGAGAAAGUCCAAGUCAUCAACCGCCGGCUUCCUACGGCAGCUCAAUUCGUGGAAUGAUCAGGUGGAGAAGGAGCGGAGAAAAACGGUUAGUCAUUGUUUUGGAGGCGUUGUUAUUGUGGGCAUAGGGCGAAAAGGGGAAGAGGGGAGACUAUACUUACUAUUUGCUAUGCAUUUUACAUUUUUUGUCUUUAGUUUUUUUAGCUGGGUGGUUAAAAUGCUGAGAUUUGGCCGAAAUAUAGAACAAUAUUUUCUAGGCCAUGUUGGAAACUCCUAGCUUGUUCUUUUUUCCAAAAGUCGCCUUGUGAAGAAAACAAAAUUUUUAAAAUUGUUUUCUUUGCUCUUGACCUAAAAAUUCAUGCUGUGCUAUUUAAUCUAAAGGUUCAAAAGUUUUUCAAAAAAAAGGAUUUUUUCCCAGCCGAAUAACAUGAUUUAUCGCAAAAAAACUUUUUUUCGCCUUGCCGACCCUUGUCAUUUUCCAUGUUCUCUCGCAAAAAGUCUCUGAAUAUUGCGAGAGACAGUCUGGAUAUAUAUACUAUGCAUUAUAUACAACGUAUGGUAUACAUAGAGUCCAAAAUUUUUAAUAAAAAUAGAGGCUAAUUUCAAGGUAAAAAAAUUAUUUUAGAUUUUUAAAAGUUCAUCUAAAAAUGUUCUCAUCAAAAUCUAUCCAAAUUUUUACCUACAAACUGACGUUUUUCCGCUAUUCCGAGGUCCAAUUUUUUCUCCUCAAACGCAAACGACACGAUCAUUUGCAUCACGCCUUCACACUUUACUCUCAAUUUUUCACGCAAUCUUACGGAUUUUACAACCUCUUUUUCUAACUCAUAACGUACUCCAAACCCUUCAAAAUGCCUCACAGAAUGUCAACUCGAAAUUAUUAGUAUUAUAAUUUAGUAUCAAACUCUUGUAAUAGCUGCUGUGUUUGACGAACUGGCUCAUUAGCAAAAUGAAUUGUCCUUCAUGGGAAUCUUUGGCCAUUUCCAUUUUUUGCUAAUUCCCUAAGGGCAUAAUAGUCGUUGCGGCGUUGUUUUUCGAUCCAGACAUUCGCGGGGUCGGACUUUGGGGAGGAGGUCUGUUUUGAUUAAUUUUGCCAUAAUUUUCUACGGCUUCACAGAGCUCGGACUGUUAUAGUUAGGGGGUUUGAAUUAGACGUUUUUUGAGGAGAAUAACCCAAUUUUUCGUGUUCUAAUGCGGAAGAAAGCAAAAUACAAAAACGGGGUUGCACUGUGAAGUCGAUAAGUUUUGGGAUAUUGCACUGUGCGGGCAACUUAUUUUAAAUUUUUGCAAUUUUGUGGAUGAAAAUGAAUGAAAUUUCGAGAUCACGUUGCAUUUUUUAUUGCUGAUUUCUUGUUUCUGCACCGUAAAAAUAGUAACUUAAAUUUUUUUGCACCGUGCAGGAACUUUCUUUGAACUUUUUUCCUCUGCGCAAAGCAGAAAUUUUUUUUUUUCACUUUGCAGGCGGAAAAAAAUUGUGCUCGAUUUUGAAUUACUAAUUAGUCGAACAAAUCUUAAAAUUAGUACAAUAUGUAAAACAGAUUGAUAAAAAACACUUAUAAAAAGGGGAACACAUUUUUUUCCGCGAGGAUUUGUCAAGUUGUGGCCAAAAAGGGCCUUUCCAUUAGACCGCUCUCCGCGUUUCGUGUACUGUCUUGCCCGCAAAAACUGCUGAAUAUCUCGUCCGCUCUUUCAAAGCGUGAGCUAAAAUUGUCAGCUAUUUAUAUAUGGCCUAUGGCCGAAAUAUGCGCAAAAUUUAAAGAAAAUCUGAGGUUCGCGCUUGGGCUAUUUUUACUUCUUUUGUUAACUCGUUUUCUUUUAUUUAUUGUAUUAUAUAUUUUAACCCUAUUUUUUCAGGAAUCCGAGCUCAUGUCCCAAAUCGAAGCCCAGAAACAAGCCUUUCUCGCGGAAUACCGUCGCAAAGCCUCGAUCCAAGUGCUGACCGCGAAAAACGCGUCGAUCGAUCAAGUCUGGCCGGAGCCAGAUCCCGAUCCGGAAGUUCUCCAGCAAUACCAGCCCACAACUUCAUUGAAAAUCCCGGAGAUCUCGGUUCCUAAAGCGAAUUUAGUGCGCGGCGAUGUGAUCAAGGUCAGUGUGGACGACAGCUACAAUGACAUGGGGAUCAGCGAUGGGUGCUGGUCUUCGCCGGGCAACUUUUACGAGGACGAAAGCGACGAUGAGAAUGAUUAUGAUAGCGAUCUGGACGAGAGCGAUCAUGGGGUGGGUUUUCGAUGAGAGUGGUCGAUUUUGUGGUCGAUGUUUUGUGAUUGGUCAAUUUUUUGGUUGAUUUUGCUUUUGUGGUCGAUUUUAUGGUUGAUAUCGAGUCUUGGUCGGUUUUUAUUUUUUUGUCGAUUUUAUCGUCGAUAUUGAUUUUUUGGUCGGUUUCUAGUUUCUGGUCUAUUUUUGGUCGAUUUUAUGGUCGAUAUUGACUUUUUGGUUGGUCUUAAAUUUUUGGUCGAUUUUGUGGUCGAUAUUAAUUUUUUGGUCGGUCUCAAAUUUCUGGUCGAUUUCUUGGUCGAUUUUUUAUGGUCGAUUUUGCUUCUUGAUCGAUUUUUUGGUCGAUAUUGCAAGUUUGUUGUAAAACCAUUGUAAUUCAUUGUAAUUGUUGUAUUUAUUGUACAUAAAGUUAAAUCUUUCAUUCAUUUUUUAAUUUAAUUUUUGAUGUUGUUUUUUUAAUUUAUGCUUUGACGUUGAAUGUUGUUUGCACUUGUAAAUGCUCGGAAUAAACAGGAACCCGCAAUGGCUUAGUUGGAUUAUCCCAUUUCCGGCAUUAAUAAUUGGAGAGCUGGAGAAAAAUGUUCAAAAACGAAAACAUCCGGACUAUUUCUUGGACAGUCUAGUUAGAAAAAUGGAAGGACAAAGAAGGUUCAAGAAUGGGAAGCUAAAGAAAUUUGAAUUUUAAUUGAAUCCCUUAUCCUUUUUUUGUUUGAGAGAAAAAUUUUUAAUUCAAAAAGUCUCCGCACUUUGAGCACGAGGCCACAAAGAUGAAAUGUCUAGACAGCCUUUGAAAACUACAGAGUCGGGCCUCAUCCAGUGGCAGAAAAAGUACCAUUUUGUAUCCGGGAAGUAUCAAAAAAUAUGGCAAAAUGCCUCCCUCUCCAACUAAAAGAACGCUGGUUUGAAGGGCGUCGCACAAAAAGAACAAAAAGAGCGGGCGUGCUUUUGAAAGCCUAGUUUUUUCUGCCAAUUUUCUCCUUUUAUACUGGCGGACCUGUUCCAGUAGCAAAAAACGUAUCAUACUGCAUCCGGGAAGUAUCAAAAAAUGUGGCAAAAUGCCUCCCUCUCCAACUAAAAGAACGCUGGUUUGAAGGGCGUCUCACAAAAAGAGCGGGCAUGCUUUUGAAAUCGUAGUUUUUUCAGCCAAUUUUCUCCCUUUACAGUGGGUUCCAGCAGCAAAAAACGUACCAUUUUACAUCCGGGAAGUAUCAAAAAAUGUCGCAAAAUGCCUCCCACUCCGAUAAAAAUUCCGUUUUAAAGGUCCUCCCUUUACAAAAAGAGGAACGCGAUUUUGAAAUCGAAGUUUUUCACUUGAAAAGGGAGGUAUUUUGCUAUAUGUUUUGGCACUUCCUAGAUGCCAAAUGGUACGUUUUUUGCCAGUGCAAGCUAAAAAAUUUCUGGAUUUUUAUUCAGGUAAAGCCCGACAGAAUUUAAAGAAAUUUAGCGCAGAAUUUAAAGAAAUUUCGAACGUUUUUUUAAAGACAAUAAACAUUCGCUGCACUUUGCAGAUGCCCGAAAUGAUCUCACUUCUAGCCUAAUUCAAUUAUUCUCUCCCUAAUUUUCCAAAUUUUUCAAAAACAUUUUUUUUUCUUCCCCCUCUCACCCUGCGGCAUCAAUAUUUCCCGGCGAAACUCUGUUCCAACAAUCAAAUUUUGUAAUUUCUUUUUUCCUUUUGACAUCCGAAUGAACUAUUGCGCAACAGACCCUGCGGCCGGCCCGAGACGGGAAUAAACGACUUGGGGGUUUUUCUGGAAUGCCUACCACCGAGAGAACAUACCAUGGGGUCCGCUCUCUUGGCCCACACUUUAUUUGUCUUUUCGGGUUCAUUUCGCGGGGAGGGAUUCCGCGCGUUAAACUUUAAUUACAAUUCGGCCGGGGCAGAUCUGCAUAUUUUGGGGGGCUAGUUAAUUGGAUAGUGGAUGAGAUGGUCCUUUCUUUACGGUUUGUUAUUUUGUGUGAAAUGGGAAGAAUAAAGAUGAAAUUAGGAAUAAAUUGAAUUUCCGGCGAAAAUUUUGAUUUUCUGAACGGGUUUUUUUGUGUGUAAGAUGGUUGUAACUGCCUUGGCAGGAGAGCUUACGGUCUCGUAAAGAAUUUUAAAGGCUUUGAGAUACGUAGCUGCUAUAUAAAAGCUAUAUUUUUUACAGACAAUCUUUAUUUUUCAACGCAAAAUAAUUUUGGUCGUAUCCCAUUGUAUUUUACUAUUUUUCUCAUCGUAAAAGCUUUUUUCCAAUGCACCACAGCAGUUUACUGAAACUCAGCCUCACAAUGUACCCUUACCCAGCCUUUUUUAUUUGGAAAAUACGAUUUUUUUUCAGGAAACACAUUUUUUCUCUGUUUUGUGCACAUUUAUGUUCCUUUUGUGGUUGUGAGCGACUUUACAUGUCUUUUUCGUCUUGCAAUAUCUUAUAACUUUCAGCUACAAAUUUCUAUAUCAAACCUACGAUAAAUUUCUUUACAGGUUCCCUCAUUCUCCCCUACCUUUGCCCCUCGCCGUCCCCUAUUUCGUUCCUGGUCAUCCCCGGCUUCUUUUGAUCAGCCUCCCCUGGAUUUCACUGAAGACCUCUACAACACUCCGCAGGCCCGAAGAUUCAGCGCCAUUGUCGAUGAGGACAGCCUUCAAAUCUUCGCCCUAAAGGCACAAUCGCAAAUCCGGCGAAGCAAAAGUUUUGAGCCGGAGAAGUUCUCGAAAAGGAAGAAUUUUUGGGCGAAACGGCGGAAAACAAGUACCCUUGGGUUUGUCCACUUCGAAUCGGCGUUGGUUGAAGAAGACGGUGAUAUGGAAUCAGAAGUUGAGGAGAUGAAAGAGAAUGCGAUUGAAGAGAGGAAAGAGAGCAGCGAAAAUGAGAGGUUCUACGACGAUGAAGAGACACUGGAAGCGGAUAAGUUGCUGGGUAAGGUGAUUACUGGUAGUAAAUUUCGCGUCUCGAUUUUUGGGUUGAUGACAGUUCGGGUGACUAAAAAGUCGAGGGCGUAGGAGAGGCAGAUACCCAAAAAAAAUUUGUGGGAAGUGCCUACGAGGCCUGGAAAGGCGUUGGAUAGUUGGCGGGCGCUCGGCGAAAGCUCGGCGAAAGCUCGGCGAAAGCUUGGCAAAAGCUCGUAAUAUGUCCACUUUUUUUAAUUUAGCUAUUACUGACGUCAGUUUUCUUCACCCUGAUUUUAUAGCGUAUAAAAAACCAAAAUUUAUGGCACGAAACGAAGCUCCGUAACUUUUAUCUAGAUAUUAUUGAUGUGGGUACACCUAAGAUACCUCAAAAUAGGUGACAAGCUAUCCUAGGACCCGAUCAAUCUGCUUAUUUCCAUUAACUAAGCCUUCUCCAAGCCUCGCCAUGCAUACGACGAUGAACCGGUGCGAUCCAUAGUAUCGCGGAGUCGGUCUGUUGCUGACCCAAAAAGCCGUAGCUCCGUAAAUUCUUGACAACGCACUCCUUGCUCCAAAAAACUGUAUUAGCUGAAAAAUAUUUCUUUUUUUCGUGAGGUAACUUUUGCUGCAAAUCCAAACAAAUGACGUUUCUUAUUACAGGCAUGUCCACUUUUUGUUGGGAUAAAAUUUUGCUCUGUGUUUUUGCUAUUUUUUUUUGGUAAAAUACGACUUUUUUUUAUGUGUAGUGCUUUAUGCAAGGAAAUAUCAUAAGAUUUUUUCGGGUAGAGUAAAGCCAAUUUCAAGGCAAAAAAACUCCCAGCUUUUGUGUUUCUUGCCUGCUAACAAUAAACAGUGAAUAACGGUGAUAAUUGAAAAUUGUCAUCCAAUUGACACCUCUAAUUGUAAGACAAACAAAAACAGUUUCAUAUUCGUAUAUUUGAUCCCACAAACAACCAAACACUUUAAUCCCCAUGGCAACGUCAAUGAGAUAAACAGAGACGGCGCAAAAAGUUCAGUUCAUCCUUACUUUUAUGUAGCCAAAUAUAAUCUAGUUUAUACGGGAGAAUAGUAAUAUAUUCCCUGGAAUUUUUAAUGCUUCCUAAUUUGGAAACUUUUGGAAUUACUGCUAUUUUAUCGAAAACGAAAUUCUUGGAAAUGAUGGGGUCCAGAAACUCCAUAGAGCCGGCAAUUUCAGUUUAUAGCGCUGUAAAAAUGGAAAUUCAGCUGGCUUCUUGUUUUGGAUUAGGGAUUUACUACUGUUUUGGUUUCAAGAUAUUGAAAACGUAAUAAAAAUGAAGUUUGAUUGUCAGAAGAGUACGGACGAAAAAACCAUCUUCUUUUGCUGGCCGAGGUAUUUUCGUUUGACGAAACCUUCUUCCUUACAAUUAUUAUAGCUUCUGUUCAACAGAGAGAUAAGGGAUUAAAUUUCGAAAGGAUCAAAAUUUUGACUUUCUUUUUAAAUUAGUCUAUCCAUAAAAAAGAAAUUUUUAAUGGCUUUGCAAAAACAAAUUUUCCCGCGAUGCAUUUAGAAGUAAGAUACAUUCCAGCCCUUGUCAUUUUAUACACAUAUACAUAUAUGCUUGAAUACAUAUAGCCCUACACAUAGCUUUUGUAAGAGCCCUAAAAUCGCCUUCGUCAUGAUGCACAUGUUCACAAAAAACGAUUGUUACGUAGAUCGGCCAUUCCUAAAAAGCCUUACCCGCAAGAGUAGCAAGAAACGCAUACACGAACGCAUUCUUUGCUUUAAUCCCGCAAUGUCUUUCUCUGACAACUCGCUCCAAAGUCUUAUGCUUACGAAGCUUUUUAUACGACUAAAAGUUCAAAAUUUUCAGAAAUGCAAGCGGAUAAUGACACGGACCUCGAAAAGAUGUCCGUCUCUUCCUCCAUUCAUCAGCAGCUCCGCCUCGACGAGGACCAAAUGUCACUGGAAGAGGACGACUUUGAGGAACAAGUGGAGCAUCCCGAAGAUUCUGACGAAGAAAUAGACGAGGAAGAGGAGGAUAUCGUGGAGCCUUUGGAUUCCGGCCUAGCCGAGUUUUCUGUCCGCCGACGAUCGCAGUUUUUUAUUGCCAAGUCUGCUAGCCUGCCGCAGAGCAAGAGCGACUCGCAAUUGAAAGCUCAGAAGUUGAAGGGACGUUCGAUGAGUUUUAAUCAGCCUGAGGUGACGAAAAUGUUGAGGCAUAGUUAUACGUAUCACGAGGGAUCUUCGCGGCAAGAUAUUGAAGACAAAGUUGAUCUGCCCGAUGAUUUGGUGGAAAGUUUUGCGUUGGAAAAUGACGACGAUGAGGGUAAAACUUCAGAAUCCGACUCUUGCAGUUUGCAAGAUACCGAAGAAGAGGUUGAAGAGGAAGAGGAUGAGGGCUUGGUUGAAUCUUGCCACCCGGAUCAAGACGAAGAGGAUCGCCCAAAAGGAGGGCUGUAUAAACUACCAGCCAAAGGAGUCCGAGGAACCCACAGCUUCUACGAUAUUCAAGAGCACGUAGCGAGUGUGAUUAGAAGUCAAACGGAUUACAAUUUGAGUGUGAAAGCUUGUCAACCAUCAACGUCAAGGGACAGUCAUUUCACUGAAGAGAGUUUUGAGCCAGAACAGGGUUCUAGUAGGGAUUGCAUGGCUGCAGAAGGCCAGAUGGAUCAGAAAAUCGAACAAAAAAGGGCUGGAACAGAUGACAAUUGCUUUUAUGGCCAAAAAGGUCCAGUUCAAGAUCAAAAUUCCUCUGAUUUUGUUGGUAGAAGCAGCAAGGCCGAUGACAGUUUAGACAAAGAAGAUGAAGAAAACUUCCAAGCAUCCCCAACCAAUCCACCAAGAUUUCCAGUCGACGAUAUUGAUGAGGACGUCAGUAUGCGCUCAAAAAGCGAGAUGCCCACAACUUAUGACAAUAUUAAUGACACUGACGAAGAAGAUCUCCCUCUGGACGUCAUGGAUGAAGUCACUGGAUCUCUUGAAGAGCUCCGCGCUCUCAACAGCCAACAUGAGCCUAUGGAUUCGACUAGAAACUCAGAUAGAAGCCGAAGGCGCGAUCUUCUUUUGUCCGGUGGAAUUCCAGAUCGAGCUGAGAGCUUGCCGAGAAGCUGGGUUCCGGAUAAGACAAAGACGACAGAGGAAAAAGAGCCUCUGGAUCUGAGGGCAAGGCUGGAGAAUGUGGCGUUGACAGCGAUGGCAAAUGCCUUGGAGUCCAUUGAAAGACAGGAAGUCACUGAGAAUGGUCCAAAAAAUAGAUAUGGAGUUACUCCGGAAGAUGAUGUUAAGUUCAAAGACACGAGGAAGGAAAUAAUCAAAAGUCCAGCGGCGUUGCAAGCGAAGCGGUUGUUUGGCACCUCCAGGAGUGAUGUAAGUUGAAAUUUCGAAAAUUUAACCCCAUAAUUUCCCCGAAAAAUCAUCAUAAUUUACAUUUGUUCUGUUCAUUUCUCCGAACAAACCCUGUUGUUUAUCCGACUCGUUUCCUCCGUGAAACUGGAUACUCUCCGAUUUGAGGGUUUUGAAAAUGCCAUAACUUGGAUUGACAACCGCUCACCGGCGGCGAAGCUGUUUUUCGGGCGGAUGUCACAAAAAAUUACUCAAAAGUGCGGAGAAAACAAGAAAUUGGCCGGGUUUUUGUUUUUGGACGAUAAAAUUUUUCGAUAAAAUUUUAAUUUUAGGAGCAAAAAUUUUUCAAUUUUUGAAUUUUUUUGGGAAAUUAAAAAAAAGUUUUUUUUUUUGAAAUUUAAAAUUUUUUGUGAAAUUUUCUAAUUUUUUCUGAAAUUAGCAAAUUUUCCGCCGAAUUUUAGGAGCAAAAAUUUUUGAAUUUUUGAAUUUUUUUGGGAAAUUAAGAUUUUUUUUGAAAUGUCAAUUUUUUUUUGAAAUUUUCUAAUUUUUCCGCCGAUUUAAAAAGAAUAAUUUCCCCGUUUUGUUUGUCCGUUAUAUACUUCGACUCUUCACAUUCUGUUCCCAUGGAAACAAAAGGUCUAAUUAGGACUUCACUGCGAAAUCUCGCCGGAAGGGUCAGUCUUCAUUAGACUUUAUAACUAAUGAUCUAGCUACAAAAUUGAGAAAUUUAUGAACGGUUAAUUUCUCUAUAAAUUUGAAAAAUUAUCUGUUUGGGUGAUUCUUGGAGAUUUAGUAAUCUUGUUUUGCUUUAGGGCAUUCUUGGAAAUGGAUUUUUUAAUCUCUUGGGUUUUGGUGAAUUUUAAUUCUCUUAAAAAAGGGAUUAGAGUUGAAAAAUUUGGGGAGUUGGCGUUUCAAACUCGCAAUCUUUCAGUUUGCAAAGGAAUAUAAGAUUGAAUUUAACCCCUCAAUUCUUGAACGCUUUUUUCUUUCAGUUAAUACAGCUCUAAACGUAAUUAUUUUCACUUGGUAUAUACUUGAAGUCGCGUAUUUUAAACUGUCUUAAUUUUCAAGCGUUGGUUAUAUUUUUCAGCCCAAGCCCACAGAAAAUUCUUCUCCCUGCUUGUUUAUCGCACAUUCUUGGCCUUCGGUCUAAUUUAAUUUUCUUGUUUUCAUUAGCCUUUCUGUAAGGGGGUGUUUUGACUGGGCUUUUUUUCAAUUACACCAGGCAGCAAACAAAUUUAUCUUUUUACAUAUGUUUAUUAAGAAGCUCGGACAAUUUUCCAACAACCUUUUUUACGAGACAAUACGUAUAUAGUAAAAUAAGGGGUUUUGUUCGACGAAAAACACUUUUUUUGCAAAAAAUCAAUGAAUACUGCUUUAAAAUCAAUUGUUUUUUGUAAAUAGGUUAUACGUAUAGCUUCUUGCUUGCUAGCUAUAGCACAAAAUCGUUUUUUUUUCAUUUUUGCAGCCAUAUUUAUUCCAACAAACCUACAACUCCUCGGCCUUCUGUCUUUCUUCUGUUUCACCCGUCAAAAUUCCCUGUUUCUCUUCCAUUUUCAACUCUAAAAAUGAUGAAUGACCCCCAAAAAUUUCGGACCUAAUUAGAAUACUCCAUUGUUCAAACAAGCCCUGAGGCCGUUCGAAACUCUGUGUGGUCCAUAUGCAUUCCGUGGGCAUUAUUUUGAAUUUGUAAGCGCCGGUGUUAAGCCGGAACACGUCCUCCGGGGACAAAUGAAAUGGGGGCCAGGAAAUGUAAUUGGAUUUGAAAUGAAUGAAUUCCGCCGUUUUCUCUAGUGAAGAGAGAAAAAAAGUUUUGCGUCCACUGCAAAUUUUACUUUCUGGAUUUGCAUUUCGGAAGGUGAAGAGCAAUCUUGGAGCUCUGUAUUUUGCUAAUUUCUAGAGGGAUUUGGUGAGAAACCGAGGUGCAAAAUGGGUAAGGUUAACUUGGCUGGCAAGAUCUUAUAAACUAUCAAAAUAUAAAAAGAAAUUGUUGGAAUUUGGUGCCAUUUGGAAGCAAAAUUUUAGCAAGACAUAUGAAGUAUGACUACCUUUGAAUAAUAGCAGAAAUUCGACACUUUUAAAGGGUUUUUGUAUAAGCUAUAUAGCCUUAAAUAAAGGGCGUAUUUUACAAAGUGAAGAGCAACUUUGGAGCUCUGUAUUUUGCUAAUUUCUAGAGAGAUUUGGUGAGAAAGUGAGGUGCAGAAUGGGUAAGAUCAACUUGGCUGGGAAGGUUUUAUAAAUUGUCAAAAUAAAAAAAGAGUUGGUGCCAUUUUAGAGCAAACUUUUUGUAAGACAUAUACAAGAUGACUAGAUUUGAAUAUUAGCGAAAAUUCGACACUUUUUUUGGGGUUUUUGUAUAAGCUAUAUAGCCUUAUUAUAAAGGGCUUAUUUUACAAACGUUACCUUGAAAAUUUCAGUAGAAAUUAUAUUUUUUAGCGGCAUUUUCCAAAAGCUCUCCGAAUUUUUGGUCCUUGUUAAGAUCAAAGACCAUGGCUUGUCAUAAACUGCAAAGUAAUCAAUUACUCUCCAGAAAUAUGACGCCCACAGCAAAGCUUUUAAAAAUUUCCGUGAGAUAUUCAUCCUGCUCAUGAAUUUAUAAAUAUUGUAAUAUCUUCUCAUCAACAAGUUUCAUGUUUCUCUCAACCUUUGCAGCCCUUCAGGCAUUUACUGUAGUCAUCACAGACCCUGGAAAAACAUGAAGACUAUCUCUUUACCUUUGAAUUUUCAGAUGUCCGCAGUCUCCACGUUUGCCGGCGACUAUGCGGACUUCCCAAUGGCCGACGAUGAAACGGCUCCUGUGAGCAUUCCUAUUGCAAAAGUUCCAAAACCUGUGCUGCGACGAAGAUCACCACCAAUUGCUUCGGAAGACGAGCUGAGUGAAAGUGAGAUCAGUGAGUUGGAAAGGCAACUAGCAUCUGGCGGUGCUUUCGACGCGCCUUACGCUACAAGGAAAUACGAUUUGAGACAGGACUUUGAUUCAGGUAGGAAUUUAGACCAUUGUCAUCGGACUGAGUUAAUUUUUUUGGCGUUUAGGGAAGAUUGAUGACUUCUUUUGAUAGACAGGGUAUUAAAAAAUUUUUGGAAGUUGCUUUUCAUGAUAGAUAGUGAGUAUUUCGACUAUUUUUUAAACAACAACUCGUUUUGAAAAGGAAAAAUCAAACGGCCUGAAGCGUGAUCUCGUGGUGUAGUGGUUAUCACAUCUGUCUAACACACAGAAGGCCGGCGGUUCGAGCCCGCCCGAGAUCAAAUCUUUUGUGUGGUGACUUUUUGAGGAGGUUUAUGACUUCAGAGCUUUGCGAUCUUCGUACGAACCGUUAAGGAAGAACAUUUUGAAGAAGCAAGAGCUAAAAAAAAUUUUGAAAGUUGUUUUUCAUGACAGGUAGUGAGCAUUUUGACUAUGUUCAUCGAAACGCCUUUUUUUGGAAGAGGAAAAAUCGAAAGCCCUCAAGCGUGAUCUCGUGGUGUAGUGGUUAUCACAUCUGUCUAACACACAGAAGGCCGGCGGUUCGAGCCCGCCCGAGAUCAAAUAUUUUUUUUGAGACCAAGAUGUGUUGUCAUACGAUUAGAUCAAGUGUGAUGAUAUUUUUUGUUGCGACGCCAAGCACAGAAUAUCUCAUAGUUGCCUGUCAUAAGCAGUAAUAUUGAAAUUAUGCUAACGAUAAGCAGGUAUAGAGUUUCGCACAAAACGUCAAUUGCUUUAGUAUUAGGGUGUUUUAGGUAACAAUUUAUUAAUUAUAAUUCAAAUUUUACUUGAAUCUAUGUUAUCGUCGAUUAAUACUAUUUCCGUCUGCGUAUAUAUACUGCAAUCGGACUUAAAAUUAGUGUUUUUUUUGACGUUUGGGGAGUUUUAUGACUUCUGAAUCCGGCGGCGUUCCGAGAAAUCGAUUAGAGAAAAGGUUUUGGCGGAGGAGGUAUUUAAAAGUUUUGGGAAGUUGUCUUUCAUGAUAGAUACUGAGUAUUUUGACUAUUUUAUAUCGAAAUGACUCGUUUUGAAAAGGAAAAAUCAAACAGGAUUGAAUGUGAUCUCGUGGUGUAGUGGUUAUCACAUCUGUCUAACACACAGAAGGCCGGCGGUUCGAGCCCGCCCGAGAUCAAAACUUUUUUUUUGUGUGCAAUUAAUGUUAUCAGACAAUUAGAUCAAGUGUGAUGUAUAAAAUUUUGACGUUUAAGGGGUUUAUGACUUUUGAACUUUGCGGCAUUCUUAGAAACCGUUUACAGGAAAAGUUUUGACGGAGGAGGUAUUUAAAAAAUUUUGGGAAGUUGUCCUUCAUGAUAGGGAGUGAGCAUUUUGACUGUUUUGUUUUCGAAAGUCUCGUUUGGAAGAGUGAAAAUCAAACGCGCUCAAACGUGAUCUCGUGGUGUAGUGGUUAUCACAUCUGUCUAACACACAGAAGGCCGGCGGUUCGAGCCCGCCCGAGAUCAAAUCUUUUUUGUGGUGAAUUUUUUGGCGUUUGGGAGGUUCAUGACUUCAGAGCUUUGCCGUCUUCCUACGAACCGUUAAGGGAGAAAAUUUUGAAGAAGGAGGUGUUAAAAAAUGUUGGGAGGUUGCUUUUCAUGAUGGAUAGUGAGCAUUUUGGCAUUAUGUUGACCUAAACGUCUCGUUUGAAAGAAUGAAAAUCGAACGCGCUCAAACGUGAUCUCGUGGUGUAGUGCUUAUCACAUCUGUUUAACACACAGAAGGCCGGCGGUUUGAGCCCGCCCGAGAUCAAACGUUAUUUUGUGACGAAAUUCUCAAAAAACUUUUAUCUUUUUGAGAAAUUACAGAGGGCUCAUUCCAGAAGUAAAAUUUUUGAACCUUUUUCCAGCUUGAUUAAAACUAUUUCAGUCUAUAAAUUGAGCAUAUCGCGUAGGUCUGGGAGAGUUCCAAUCAAAUUGUUCCCGAAUUUAGUCCGUCAAAUCCCGAAAACACUUUUCUUCGUGGGGCAUAAAUUUGCGGCCCAUGUUUGGAAUAUUUAAAAAUGGUUUUCGGCCGCACCACAAAAAAACUCUUUUCAUAAAAAAUCUCUUUUUAUGCGAAGGCAAAGUUGUCUACAACUCGUUCAUCUUCGAAAGAUUUGGUCUCGAAACAUUCCUCGAGAGUCUUCGGCCCCCCGUUUUUUCUCAUUUAAACGGCCAAAGGGAUUUUGAAAAGUGGACGUUGGGGUUAAGUGAAAACGGGAGCGGCAUGGUUUCCAAUUUGUUCGCCGGCGAGCUUUAUAAAGGGGGUCGAGAACAAAUACGCCGAUGGUUAGAAUUGCAUAUUCUUUUAGUCAUCGCACGCAAGCACUUUGGCGUUUCGGCAUUUUAGCGUCUUGGAGUUUGGCUGAAAUGUUGGACUUUGGCACGAAUCAUCUUUGAAAGGCGGAAUAUGUUAGUUGAAGGGGUUUGGUGAUAUAUGUAAAAUGAUUUUUAUUGUCUCUAAAAGUCAAUGAUAGCCAUUUGAAAACCUUUUGUUGCAGAAUUACCCUUAUACUUGUGUGUUUUAUGCCCCUAAAUCUUGCAUUUUCACUCCAACAAGAGUGCAUCUCAACAUCUGAAGACUUCAGCAAACUCUUUGCAGGCAAUAAUGAGAUAUUCAAAAAAAAUUUGGAACACGUCUUUCAUGAUAGGCAGUGAGCAUUUUCAUUAUUUUCAUCUCAACGCCUUUUUUGGAAUAGUGAAAAUCAAACGCGUUCAAACGUGAUCUCGUGGUGUAGUGGUUAUCACAUCUGUCUAACACACAGAAGGCCGGCGGUUCGAGCCCGCCCGAGAUCAAACGUUUUUUGUGGUGAAUUUUUUGGCGUUUGGGGGUUUAUGACUUCACAGCUUUGCGGUCUUCCUAUGAACCGUUAAGGAAGAACAUUUUGAAGAAACAAGAGCUAAAAAAUUUUGAAAGUUGUUUUUCAUGACAGGUAGUGAGCAUAUGUUCAUCGAAACCCCUUUUUUGGAAGAGUGAAAAUCAAACGUGCUCAGACGUGAUCUCGUGGUGUAGUGGUUAUCACAUCUGUCUAACACACAGAAGGCCGGCGGUUCGAGCCCGCCCGAGAUCAAAUAUUUUUUUGUGGGCAGUUUAGUUGUCAUACAAUUGUAGAUCAAGUGUGAUGAUUUGCUUGCUUUUUACUUCAAAUCUUUAGUUGUAACGUCGAGUGGAGAAUAUUUAAUAAUUGUCAGAAAUCAAAAAAAUUGACUGCUCAUCAUUCUGACUUUUUCAUUUUUGCGGCAAGCUCAGAAAAUGCGAAAUCUCUCAACCAUUUUCAAACAAUAAACACUGAUUUUCGGUUUAAAGGGCCCUACUUCAAAAGGUUGUAGCGACCUCAUUUUGCGCUUUAAAAUCUUGUUAUUUCGUAGACAAAAAACAACGUCGCUUAAAAAUACAUAUUCCAAAAACUAACUCUCUGCGGCGCCUCCGCCGAAGGCUAUAGCCUCCGACUUUCCUUCGCGUUUCUUGAAAGACCCUGUACGUCCUCCCCGACCCAUAACCCCAUCAACUUAUCUCUCCCUCCAUUUGGCACAAAUCCAAUUAACGAGAGACAAAAACUUGUAGACAUAUCCCUUACCCCCUCCUUCCUCUUUUCUCUAAACAUUUUUUUUAAUUUUAAGUUUCUGCACGUCAAAUCCACCAACAAACGACUAAACCCCAGACCUCCCCGAUUAUUCGAAUUUUCGUUGUAUGCCGGCUUUUUCCACACUUUCCCAAUUCCCCAUUCUUAUGUGGGUUAGAGGUUGAAGGGAAUUGUGAGCGCCUCGCUUUUAGUUCUUAAGCUGUAACGCAAGUUAGCCCUGAUUAGUUAUGCAGCAUGGGAAAAACAUGGUGCUCGUGGUCGGGGGUUGACCACGAGCACCAUGUUUUUUCAGCACUCUUUAUUUUACGUUUGGGAUUUUGAAGGAGAACUAUCGAGUAUAAAUAUUUUAGGGUUUUAUUUACUCGAAGCUAGAGUGUAGUAUUUCCUUCAAAUUUCGUUUAGAUACUGUAGCUAGGUUACAUAAUAAUUUCUAAAAACUUUUAGCUUGCCUUUCGGCAAGUUUUUUCAGUGAUCUUUUUGCGAAAAAGUCCUGGAUGCGGCGGUUCUGUAGCCCAAUUUGAAUUGGCCAUAACUUUUUUAGUCUUUGGCCAAAUCUUAAAAUUCUUCUUUUUCCUGAAUCCCCAGGACUUGAAUUUUUUCUGACACCAAGUAUGCUAUACCUUGGGUUAAUUUACAUGCAUUUUUAUCAUUCAGAAAAUUAAAAAAUCUCGAAAAGAUUAGGAAAAAAUUUCCCGAUGAAAAUUUUGGGUUGUCUUUUCAAAAAUCUCGAUUGAAAAAUGGAAAGCAUUUUUUGUAUUUUACAAUUUCCCAGGCCUUUUUUCACAUUAGAAUCUCUUAACCCGAAUACAGAACAUCUUUUUUUUGCUUACCCGGGAUCAUUUUCUUGGUCUCUCCGCUGGGAAAAAUAGCUGCUGGUGUCGUGCUCAAACACAUCACUGCAACGAACUUUAGAGCAUAACAAUCCAAGUAAAAAUGGCGUUCUUGUUUUUUCCGGGACCCUUGUGCAAGGAAAUAUUGCAUAUUUUAUCACUGUUUCGAAUGGGGUGUGAAGAAUUUUUAACGGUUACUAUGGGAAGGACAAAUGGAAAUUCAAAACUUUUUUUUUUGCCAAAACGAUGACUUUAAAAUGUACGGGGGCGGUUGAGAAUUGGGAGUUUAUAGUUAGAUAAAAGGUGUUUUCACCAAAAGAAGUCGAAACUUCUGAAGCUCUUACUGUACCUAUAUUUAUAAAAUAAAGGCAAGAGUACAAACGUUGUCUCAAUAAAAACGCCCUUUCUUCGUUAUGGGAAACUUUUCUGACGUGGUUGAACGGGGGUUGUUUAGACAUCAUCUCCUUGUCCAUGGGAAAGUAAUACGUUUUGUAGCGAAUGGUGGAGGUUUUCACAAAGUUUUGCAGUGAUUAUGGUUUUCGGAGUCUUGCGGGCGACCAUUUUGCGGGCAGCUAGUAGAAUCACGGAGAUUCUGCGGGCAUUUUGGAAAUCAGCCAUUUUUUUACAACAGGAAAUUCAAACGGUUGAUUUUGCGGUUAGAUGUUACGAAUUAAGUUUUUUUGGUGUAUAAGUGGCUUGAAUAGUUGCCAUAAGGCUAAACAGGUAUUUUUACCAGUUUUUGAAAACAAUCUUCCAUAACUUUGAAAGCAGUGGCUGAAUUUAAUGGAUUCUAGUACCUAUAUGUAUCAAGGAAUUGCCACGUCAAACUGAGGAGUCCGGUGACCAGAAUAGACUGUUCGCUAUCGGUUUUUUACACUUCGUGAUGAUUUUGUAGAGAAGACAGAGAGAGACGCGCAAAAACGUACUCUCUCGCCCCCAAAGAUUCCCCAUUUCUUCCCCGACAAAAAGUUUCAUCGCCUCUUUUUUUGCCAAUCCACUCACCGGGCUGUUUUAGUUUAUCUCAGUUUGACGUGAGUUGUCAAUGCAAAAUUUCUAUCAAACUGCGUAGAUUACGGGAGGAAAAUUGUAAUUCUAAUAGGACAAUUUCGGUUGCCCGCAAAGUGGUUGCCCGCAAGUGUCCCGAAGCCGGCUUUUCAAUAAAUGGUACCCAGUCUUGAUCAGCUUUUUUAAACAGGUUAUAGUUUUAAAUAUGACAAGGCUAACAUCUUAAGCCCUUCUCGAACCGUAGAGGUCGCAAAACCAAGUUGGCCAUAACUUUUUAUGAGAUAUCUAACUCAACUCUCAUCUCAAACACAUUUUCCGCCAUAUCCCCAUAAAGGAAGUGUUCUUUGGCCUUCGAAAGCCGUGAAAAUUCAGGGUUCGGUGUAUUGGUGUUUUCGCUCCGUAGGAUUAUGGCCUAUGGUUCAUUUCAUCGAGACGUGGCAUUCCUCUCACAUUUUGUUUCGUAGAAAGUCCAAGAAUUUCAAGGAGUCUCAAUAUUUAAUGUUCAAUUUUUUCAAUUUGAUAGUUACCGCUUCUACUGCUGAAAAAUUUGAAAAUCAUUACCUAGGCACCCCUAAACUUCUAUUCUCACCUCAUUUCAGACGACAGCGCGGACGAGGAGAACAUGCCGUCGGCGGCAUGUCAGUCCGAGCUCAGCGCCCACCACUUGUAUGCCAUGGCCGGCUCCUCCUCGUUGCCGUCGUUCGCCUUCACCGCUGAUGUCUAUGAGACGCUGGCCGAGGAGAUGGUCAAAGAUCAGCGGGAUCAGCUUGAGGAGACUGCACAGUGGCUUAGGAAGAGCAAAACGCAAUGUUUUGAAAAUAACGCCGUAGGUGUUUUUUUAAGAUUUUUUUCAUUUUUAGGUUGGAAAUUAGAGAAGAUAUCGUUUAAAGCGUUGUUUUUUUAAAAUUUUUACGAAUUGUGAGGCUGUCGGGAAAAUAAUGAGCGCUCUGACGCAUAGAAAAUCCACAUUUUACUCAUUAUUUUCCCGACAGACCGAUUUUUCAACUUUUUUGUAAAUUUGAAAAUUAUUCAAAUUUACUGAAGUGUGUUUGAAAAUCAUUAAAAAUAACUUCUUGUUUGUCAUUUUGACUUUUGCUAUCUCCUUUUCCCUUUUAUUUUCUCUCUCCAAUCUCUCCAAGGCCUUCGAAAAGUGUUCCUCGGUAGUAUAGUGGUAAGUAUCCGCGCCUGUCACGUGCGAGACCCGGGUUCGAUUCCCGGCCGGGGAGAAAACUUUUUGCAUGAUUUUUUCUUUCAAAUUCGUUUCAAAUAUUGCAGUAAAAUUUUUCUGUGUCGUAUCUUAAAGCCCAAAUCCUUUAAAAUAUCUUUUUAUUCUGUCAAAUCCCAAGAUUAAUUACAGGAUUUAUCUUUUCUUCCAUUUUUCUCCUUUUAGGAGAAGGAGAAUGGGCAAUGGUAUGAUAGAUUUUGCUUUGGAAAUGAGGAGAAAAUUGAAGUGGAAGUCUGCAGCUUCUGGCCUUAAGACCUUUUGGAAAGCGGGUAUUACUGAAUAGUUGGAGAAAAGCGGGCGUUUCAAGAGGGGUUUUGGGAUGGAGAAUACUAAUUUUCGGCGGAUGGAAUUGGUUUUGCUGAAUUAUUAAGGCCUAAAAUCCUGGGAGAUUCCCUGAUUUUGGAUUUGAGGCAUUUGUAAAAUACGAGAUGUGGGGUUUUUGUCUCAUCUUUAGAGACAAAAAAUUUCGAAAACGAUGAUAUUUUUGGUCAAACUUUGAUGUCUAAUGUAUAAUAUAAUGCAAAUAUUUUGCUGAAAUUUGAUUUUAAAAUCAUUUUUAACAUCAUAAACUUCUUGUCGUUGACUAAAUCACCGUUCUUUUCAGCCUCCGCCGGGUCUAAAUUCCAAUUUUGGCUCAAGACGUCGGAUCUUACCCAUGCGGCCGGAUGAUGUUCCAUCAGCUCAAAGUGAGUUAACAUCUCUUAAAUAUCACUUAAUCUGUUUAAUGUUUACUUUUCAUUCUUAAAUCUUAUUCCAAUUUUCCUCAAUUUCAAGUCUAAAAUUAGCAAAAAAAUAAAAAAAUACCAAAAAAAAACUUCCAAAACCGCCUCAGGCUUUCUUCAUAAAAUUCGCCUGGUCUCGGUUUUGGAGACCUUGUGCCAAAAUUGCCUUUGGCAAACAUCUUCUCAUGACGCCUUUUUCGGGACCCUUCCCUAAAUGACUUUUCUUUUCGGCCGCCUCUCCGAUUGCGCAAUGCGGCCGAAACGACGGCUUUUUCUCUCGGUUUUCCGGGUUUUCAUUUGCCCUUCCGCGACGAGACGGAGUCCCGAGGAUAUUGCGAAGGCAAAUUCUUUAGUUUUUCAUAAGAAACCGACUUUUCUAAGGUCGUUUUGAGGAGGAGUAAGCUAAAUUAUAGACUUUUGGGGUGUUGUAUGUAGGUAAAAUACGAUUAAUUUUAGAAGAGCCGAUAUAAGAUGAGCUGUUUUUGAGCUUAUUGAGCGUUCUUAUGGCUUCAAAACGCCAAAAUAAAAUUCAAUUUUCACUGAUAUCCUUUUUUUAUUUUUUCGGCCAAAAGCGGCCGAAAUCUGCACAAAACGUCCAAAAAUUUGAUUGGUUACAUAUAACACGUCAUAACUUUGCUAUAAUUCACAUUUAUUGAAAAAUUUUACAUUUGCGCCGAACUUUUUUCUUUGCCAAAGUCUGAUGCCAUGGGUAAUAUAAAUUUGAUUGUUCUGGUCUAACUUUUCCAUCGUCUAUCCGUAAUUUGCAGUAAAAAGUAAUGGCGAAGUAAUAGUUGUUCUCGGCAAAAGAAUUCGAACUCAUUUCCUCGCAGAGAAUGGGGGGAAUUGCCUCCAUUUCUCAACGGGAACGGCCAGAACAAGGCCAAUAAUAUUUUUUGUUUUUGGAGGCCUUGUGAUGACCAAAAAUGCCUUCUUUUUUACGCGUGGUUAAUCGUUGGGCUGCUGCGCAAAAAACAUGUCAGCUGAGCGAUGAUUUGAAAAUACCAUUGGUUUUUUGGUCGAUUUUUUUCAAGCCAAAAUUUAUCCGGUAGAUGUAGCUGGAGGCUCUUUCUAUCCAAUUUUAAUGGAUUUAAUGGAACCCCCAUGUCGGGAAAAUUACAUUAGGCUGUCGAAGAGCUCUUGAAAUGACGCCAUUUUCGUUGAAAUUAAGAUAAGACAUGGUCUUCCAACGAAUAAAAAAAGUUGCGCAAAUCUUGCAAAUUCCUAAUUUUGUAGGCUUAAAAAUUAGAUACAUUUACUUUAUUUUUCGUGUCAAUUUUGGCAGGUUUAUGAAAUUUGCCAUGCCUUCAAAAACAUGCGAAUUUUUUGCUCAAAUAACUGGCUAUUCUGAGAAAUUGUUAAGCAAAAUUGAAGGAUGUCUUCUGUUUAUUUUUGAGGCGUCGUUGAGAGUCGUUUUUCAUUCCUUCCGGCAAUUUUAAUCUUCUCCCAAAAACUCAAAUAGCCUGAGGCAAACAUGGGGGCUUUAGAGGGAAUGUGAUGGGGGAGGAAAAAGCUUUUUCAAGUCUUUUUGGAGAAUAGUACUAGUAAAAGAAAUAGUUAUGUGGUAUCUUUUCUUUGAAUAGAAGGGGGUUCGUUGGAUACAUGGAUACCUCAUAUGUAUUGUAUUUCAUAUAUGAAUCCUCUUGUAGGUGCAUUUCGGAUAUUUAUCUGUCUGUCUGGAAAAUAAUGAGCAUUCUGUCGCAGCAAAACUCGAAAUUAAAGAUAUUGGCGAAGGCUUUGUCGCUACAACGGCGGACCUCAUCCAGCUGCAAAAAAGCGUCUCAUUUUGCAUCCGGGAAGUAUCAAAAAUUGUAGGAAAAUACCUCCUUCUCCAAGUGAAAAAACUUGGAUUUUACGCGCGCGUUCGCUCUUUUUGCAAUAAGCCUUUUAAAACGGAGUUUUUUUAGUUGGGGAAGGAGGCAUUUUGCUGCAUUUUUUGAUACUUCCUGGAUGCAAAAUGGUACGUUUUUUGCCACGGCAGACUGAUAGUUCUACACUGUGAUAAUAGUCAAUUCUUGAUAAAAAAAUUUUUUGUGAGAAGCCAUGAAAAAUGAGGAAAGUAGGCCAGAGAAAAAAUGCUGUUUUUUUUACAAAAUUUCAUUUCUUCUGCCCGAAAGGGAGUUUUUUUUUGGUUUUUUCGAACUCUCAAUUUCUGUUUGAGUGACAUCUUUAUCUUCCAUUUGAAUCUUCAUGGGACUUGAACGAGCAAUGUUGUCUUCUUUCCGCAGUUUUUCAAACAAACGUUUUAUAUCAAACUUUCAACCGACAUGCUUCAAUUUUUCAAUUUUAUCGACCUUUUUGAACUUCAAAAUUUUUUCGAAACUUCCCAAAUUUGAAGUAUAAAUUUUCAGUCCAUCCCACACCUGCUCAGCCAUUAGUCCGUGCAUUCACUCAAGAACAACAUCAACAGCUGCGGCAGGUCAUUCAAAACGACGCGGCCAACGAGAAUAUUGUCCUCGCGACUCCGAACUCCCUGGAACACGCCAAGAAAUUGCACUCGACAACGGUAAUACAGAGCUCUCCGCAAGUUCAUGUGCCUCGACGUCUGCCAACGUUGCCGGUAGAGGGUGCCAGCGCUCAAUAUAACAUGUACAAUGGACCAAGUGGUUCAGCAACAAAUGUGCCUAUAGGUAAGAAGAGAGAGAGAGAGCUUUGGAUGGCGAGCUUGGACGCUGUGUCAAAGCUUACCAUACGAAACAUAUAUCAAAAGAUAGCGUUUUCAAAGUUCUUUCAGAAGCUCUCAACAGAAAUUUUAAAAUCUUACUGUAACCUGUAAAAAAUGCAAAACAAAAAACGGCGGAGUCAUACUUCUAGACCUAAUACAAAAUAUAGCAGAAAGUUUUUGCGAAUAUCUUUGUGCUCUUUACAGCUAUUCGAGAAGUUGAAAUAGAUUUUGAAAUUUCAGGUUGGGCGAUUUUAGAGUAUAAGAAAAAAAAAAUGAAAAAGAAUUUUGCUCGCGUCGGCGGAGAGACUAUUUUUCGGCGGAGACAUUUGAUGUCUUUUUUAAAACUACAUCGCAAUCAGAAUGUUUCAUGGAGUCAUUUUGAACCAAAUUUUGUAUACAUACUUUAAAUUGGCUAUAAAUGAAUCAUAGCAAAUUUUGUCUAUGGACCUAGCAGAGCAGCUGAGAUAUUGCAAAUUUUUUUCGAGUGGUUACAUUCUCGUUAAUCUGAAAAGAUCGUGUGAUAUCUUUGCGGUAUCUAUAUGGUUUGGCAGGUGAACUUUUCUAUAGCAAAGCUCUGAUAUCUGUCAAGCAUUUUUGCCAACUUUGAAGAAGAUAUAAUCAUAGCGCUUCAGGCAUUUUCAAUUUUAAGAUUUUUUUCCAAUUUUUUGUGUUAAGAAGUUUCGAUUUUAGUAUCCUUAAAAUUCAUACGAAAAAUUUGUUUCCAGUUCCCAAAUACAUUCCACGUCACGCCCCGCCGUCGAAUCAAAUAAUCCCCCGAGGCACUAUGGCCUCUCAAGCCGGGCAUCGUCACGAAUAUCAGUUGUCGUACGGAAUCGAGCAAUCCUUGGUCCGCUCCUCCACAAAUUACGGGUUAGAGGACAGCUACUACGAGGACGGACUGAACGGCAACACCGCCAUCUUCGACCACAAACGACCGGUCUAUGCGGCCGAGGAUUCGUCGGGAAUCUCGUCGUUUACGUCGGACCCAAAUCCCACCGGCGGCCCCACUCAUCGCGCCCAAUUUACGUUUGUUCCGAGGCAUGAUGAUGAGGUUUUGAUGGAAGUGGGAGAUGCGUUGAGGGUCGAGAGGGAGUAUGAAGAUCAUUGGUGUUAUGGGAUAAAUUUGCGGACCGGCCAAACGGGACUGUUUCCGGCGGCGCAUGUGUGUGAGAUCGAUUUGAUCGAGGAGAUCAGCAAUAGUGUGCUGAAUCCGGGACAAGGUGAGUUGAUAUGGACUUUUCCGCAAUUAUUUUUUAAUUUGUGUUAUACCAAAUCGUUGAAUCAUGAUUUUUAAAUAUACGAUUCGCCAAGGAAUCUUCCAGUUUUGACUUAAUCUUUAUCUUGGGGCGAACGUACAGUGGCGGACCUGAUCCAGUGGCAGAAAACGUACCAUUUUUUAUCCAGGAAGUAUCAAAAAUGUAGCAGAAUACCUUCCUCUCCAGGUGAAAAAAACUAGAGUUUGAAAAGCGCGCCCUUCAAAACGGAGUUUUUUUUUAGUCUGUGAAGGAAGCAUUUUGGCACAUUUUUUGACACUUCCCGGAUGCAAAAUAGUACGUUUUUCGCCACUGUAGGCAAUGUUUUGAUCUCCCUCUCCAAGCGAAAGAACUACAAUUUGGGAAGCGUGCCCGCUCUUUUUGUGAGAAGCCCUUCAAAACGGAGCUCUUUUAGUUGGAGAGGGAGGCAUUUUGCUACAUUUUUUGGUAGUUCUCGGAUGCAAAAUGAUACGUUUUUGCCACUGGAUCAGGUCCGUCACUUUAGAGCAAAAUUUUCAUCAUAUUCUUGUGCUCACUAAAUUCAUUUUCCAAAUAUUAGAAUUUAAUCACUCCCAUUGUUUCACAGCUAUUCUUACCCUCUUAUUUCCAGGUAAAUCUCCAGUCUCAUCCGCGGAACGCGACACUUUCUAUUUGACAAUGUUGGCGUCGAUUGAAGUGGCGCAUCACAAAGGAAAUGAUGUCCUGGUGCAGGCGAUCAACAAGGUCUGCGAGAUGUACCAACGGAAAGAGGAAAUCUUGGUUCCUCAAACAGUCCUAAUGGAGGUUUCCUUCCGCGGAAUUCACAUUAUCGACAAACGGAAAAAAGAUGUGAGUUUUGGGAUUUUUUGGCCUUCAAAAAAUUGCCAUGAGUUCAUUGCAUUAAAAAUUUGAUUUCAGAUUUUCCGUUGCCCAACAUUCGACUACUUUUAUUCGCUGCAAAAUAUUUCGUUUUGUGGCGCUCAUCCCACCCAAUUACGGUACUUUGGCUUCCUAACCAAACAUCCCCUCUUGCCACGCUUUGCAUGCCAUGUCUUCUUGAGUCAGUCGUCAACGCAACCCAUCGUUGAGUCAAUCGGGUAAGGACUUUUAUUCAAUUGAAAACAAAGUUUUUUUUAAAAUAUGGAAUUGGUAUUUUAGAAGUACCUCAUCUUAAUUCCCAUUGGAUACUACAGUCCUUAGCUUCAUAUGAAGAGUUUUUCAACUCAAAAAAUAGAAAAAAUAGUUAAUCAAACUCUCUACUUUCAGCCGCGCCUUCAAGCGCUCCUACGACGAAUACAUGGCGUUCGCCCAUCCCACCGAAGACAUUUAUAUCGAAUGA